AGGGGCAAUACCGCCCCACAAUGCUAUUAUGCCAAGCGCGCCGCCGCAGCAGCCACGGACGCUGUAGCUGAGGCUGCUGUUAGAGCAGCCAGGGCUGAGAAGGCCGCAGAAGCGGCCAUUGCUCUGGCCCAAAAACUCCGGGAGGAGGCUGCCCUGGCUGCUCAGCAGCUACAACAGCAACCGCAGCAGCAGCAGCUACAGCAGCAACCGCAGCAGCAGCAGCUACAGCAGCCACCGCAGCAGCAGCAGCUACAGCAGCCACCGCAGCAGCAGCAGCUACAGCAGCCACCGCAGCAGCAGCAGCUACAGCAGCUACCGCAGCAGCAGCAGCUACAGCAGCAGCUACAGCAGCCACCGCAGCAGCAGCAGCUACAGCAGCCACCGCCGCAGCAGCAGCAGCAACUACAGCAGCAACCGCCGCAGCAGCAGCUACACCAGCAACCGCAGCAGAUGUGA